AUGAAGGCAAUGAAUUCUGCUUAGUAGGUUUAAAUGAUUAAUGGUUUGGGGUUAUGCUUAUGCUCCACAAGAAAGACUAAAUUGAUUUCUUUGCCUCUGAUCGCUAUCUUUGCAGGUACUGUUAUGUUUUCAGGUACUAUCUUCUAUUCAAAGAUGUACAAAGACUACAGAUUCAAUAAACUUGUUCCAUACGGAGGUGGUGCCUCAAUGGUUGGAGUCAAGAAACAAUUAAUGUAACAAGCCUAACUCAACAACCUAGCUCUACUCAGAAACCACACUAUUCGAUAGAUGAAAGACGUCUAAUCGCCUGACAAAGAUCCCACAUCGAAGAUGCUGCUUAACCAAUUUAUAAACAAUGGUCUGAACUAGUAAAGGCAGAGCUUUUAAAUAUAAGUCUCUAAUUUAUACAAACCUCCUUAAGGAUCAUAACAGCUGCAAUAACAGCAGUCUUCAUCUCAGGAUGCAUUUAAAUUGAUGAAAAGUGAACAAAGGAAAACAGCUAAAUUCAAAUCAGAAAUUGAAUAACCCAAAAACCUUAAAUAUGAUACCAGCUAGUCUAAACAAAGAUCGCAGUCAAAUGUACCAUCUACUGAAGGUACCCCUUCCAAUGUCAAUUAAAAAAAGAAUUUCAAGCUUGAGCCUCUUAAUCUUUAAAAAAAGCCAACCAAAAUCUACAGUGCCUCAGAAAUACAGAGGUAAAUUAAGAUAAUUAUAGACUCAGCCAAUGCCGACAUAAAAGAUAUCCAAAUAUCGAAGACUACAGGCAUGCUAUAUGGUGAUUACAAGGAAAAACUCAUUGAUUAAAUGAAGAAAAAUCUAGUUGUAAUGGGGAAACUGGAAAAGCUAUCCAAAAACCCCUUUUUGCAAAAUGAUUUUCUUUAUAACAGAUUAAUGAAGAGCACUAUAAAUUACUAUUAAAGAGCAAUGCACAAAGAACAGUAUCUAUUAAAAGAUAAAAUAGAUUGGAUAGAGUCGCAGUACUUUCACUGGCUAACAAAACUGAUUAAAGUACUUUAAUAUUUUCAGACUUCUGACCUAGUACCAAUGAAGCAAGAAGUGGCUAAUAUAUUUAACUGGUUUCAAAAUUUCACAAAGUACCUUGAAGGCCUUAAACUUUUGGAGUAUCCAACAUUUUUCAAGAGGACUAGAAGGAAGAGUACAGAGCUACUAGAUCUGGAUAAGAUGAGUAAUUCUGGAAUGACUCAUAAGAAAGACAGAUCAAGAAUGUCAAGCUCUGAUCAGCAAAGUAAUGUCGGCAAAGAUAAUGAAUUAGAGAAGCUGGGAAUUAAAUCUACUCCAAACAAUGCUAAAAAUUAGUAACAAAUAAAAGUAAUUGGAGAUCUCUCUAGAGAAGUGGAUAUUGAUAAAGUCAAAAUUGAUGUUAACUUAAAAUAGAAGAAGCCAUCAAAUAAAAUGCAAACUGAUUAAGUACCUCUAACUCCUAUCAUAGGGCUUACAUCAUAGAAAACAUUUACAAAUAUGGAAAUACAUAACUAAAUGAAUCAUGCAUAUAGAAUGCUACCUAAAAUGCCUAAAAGAGACACCUCCGUAGCUCAUAUUAAGACAAAGCGAUAGACCUAUAAUGAAACUGAUGAUGAUCUGAUUUUGCCAAACUUCAGAAAUAGAUAAGAUUCCUAGCCUCUUCUCAGUAACCACUCUUCCUAUAUCGGUGCAAGCGAUACUGAUUCAGUUGAAAACAACAGUGUCAGCUCCAGUAGCAAUAACACGGAUAAAAUCUACAAGAAACCAGAAGACUUAAGAAAGAAAUACCUCAUAGAGGCACCUCUGUCUUUUAAAAUGAAUGCUCCUCCCAAAAUUGUGGACUUAACCUCUGAUUUCUUUGAGAAAGACACAGAACAAAUAAUGACUCCUCCACUUUAAAAUAAAGCGUCUACUUAAAGCCCGCGUAAAGCAGGCAAUUUCUUCUCCUAGACUGCUCCAGCACCUAUGGUGAAAAGGCAAAGAAUGAUUAUCAACAAUCCAAAAUAAAACGCAGCAAUGGUUGAAUUGGGAAAAAAGAAGAUUGGAAAUCUCAAAAACUUCUAUGGAAAGAUGAUAUCAGCAGCCCUAAUGAGAGAAUUUGAAGUUAUGUUUGCUCCUCUCGAUGAAAAUACCGAGAACUAAGAAUACUCCGCUAUGGAUAAAUCUGGUCCUUAGUCUAUUGCAUAGUAAGUAAUGAAUCAGACAUAAGGUGUAAUGCCUCCAGGCUUGCUGCAUGAUGAUGUUUUGAAUUAGCUUAGAUCGCCAGAUUAGGAAAGUCAAAUGGGCUAAAAAAACGGUAUGUUUGAGUUUAAAGCGAGUGGAAUGAGUAUGGUUAGAAGAACUGCUUAAGAUGAUUAUAGAUAUUCAUAACUAAAUGAGAUACAGAACCUCAAAGGCUUACUUGUCAAAAAAGGAAUUAAUAUGGACUUCAAAGUACUUCAAAGAGCUAUUCUGAUGCCUGAGGAUUAAGUGUUUGAUUCUAGUGAUAGAGUUUACCCUAAGCCUUAUGAUGGAUUAAUGGUAAAUCCUUUCCCUAAAAAAGCAGGAGCAUCCAAAAAGAAAAAGAAAAAGAAGAAAAUUCUUAGGACUUAAUUUUCAAUGGAUCCAAAAGAAUGA